GUACGUACACGCUCGCACUAUUCUUAUUGAUUUUCGCAGUUUCUGUUAUCGAAAACGAAAGUAGGAAUACACAGAUGCAUUGACUGUAGGAAUUUCAAGAAUAUUGGAACGUAUUUAAGAUGUGUACACGGCAUAUGGUUCUGGUAAGCACACGUCACCCGAUAACACAGAAUAACACAUGUAAACUGCUUCCUUGUUUACUGGCCUACUAGUAUUUAUAAGUGACCAAGUAUAGGAAGUAACUAGGAUUGUGUACACGUUGUAUUUACUCGACAUGAUUGUGCACAUUAUCGGUUUUAGAUAUUCACAACGUAUGUGUCGUCUGGUGACUGGCUCUUAGAUCCUUCCAAGCACGUUAAUGAGGAGUUUGCGAUUACCCACCAUUCACACCGUCCGAAAAGUUUGCGAUUACUCACCAUUCACACCGUCCGAAGAGUUUGAGAUUACCCACCAUUCACACAGUCCGAAGAGUUUGAGAUUACCCACCAUUCACACCGUCCAGACGAUGGACAAAGCAUUUUACACGACUCUGGCGGCUGAAGUCGGCAACAUCAAAGAGAAAUUUCCUGAUGCUACUUUACAACACACCAUCUCGAUUCGGCCAAAUGAUUCGAUGACUUUGCGUUUUGUUUACAAAGGCUGGUGCCCAAGCAGAGUACCGCUGAUUAAUGUUAACUUCAGCAGGCGCAGACAGCACAAGAAGAGCGAGACACAGAUAGAGAAUGAGCUACAGGCCAAGGCCAAAGAUCUCGAGUGUCUAAACUCGCCCAUGCUGCCUGUUCUUGUAGACUUAGCUGACGCCAUUGACACGGGGACCAGUCCAUCAGAUGUUAAUGAAGAUACCAACCAAUCAAACACUAGUGCAGAGAACAGUCAAUCAGAUAAUACGACAAGAAGUCCAGCUCAGGUUGAAUCGUCUGCCACCAAGGGAAAGCUUGAAAAGUCAUCUGCCAAAAGUAAAAAAACUAAAGCAGAAGAGAAAACAUUAGAGAAAAACACCCCAGCUACUGAAAGUCCGAGAAACGUUGUGUCUGGAACAUCGAAGAAAAAGACGAGGGCGGAUUCUUUACGACCAAACCAUUUCAUCGCCAUUAGAUUCUCAAACCCAGAUAUUGGCAACGCUGUAGAAAAGGUGAUUGACGAAAUGGCCGAACAUAAUCCAGUGUAUCGCGAGGCGUGCUACAAUCGCCACGACAUCCACCUGACACUUUGCACUCUAGCCCUGUACUCCCAGGAUCAGAUUGACCAGGCCGUCAAAGCGUUGCAAGCUGUGAAACCAGAGCUCGUAGAACAUGCUGCCAAGAAGCUGCUGAAUAUCGAGGGAGUAUCAGAGUUCGACGACUGCAAGGUUCUGUACGGGCAAAUACAGUCUCCACAGGUGCUUCUGAAAUUGCAUGCACUGCUAGAGGGACGACUGCAGAAAGAGGGAGUCACCCUCACUGACACCUGCAAUCAAUACACGCCUCACAUGACCAUAGGGAACAUCACUCAACGUUUUCGACACAAGAAUCCUACAGUAAAAAAGUUUCCAGAGGAUUUGAUAAAGAAAUUCAAACAUUUGAAAUUUGGGCUUCAGAAAGUUGAAGGUAUUCACUUGUGUAAAAUGGGCAAUGAAAGGCGGAAGGAUGGGUUUUAUACUUGCCUGACAGAAAUCAUCUUCUGAAGAAACAUAUAUCUGUACAAGGCAGAGUCGAAAAAAUAUUUUGACAUCGUCAUGAAGUUCUAGCAGGAAUAUUGUCCAUUAUUCUGAUGGAGCUUUUAUCAAGAGUAUAUAUUUCAAACCGCAAUAUUUAAAUUGUUUUAACAUUUAAGCAUUAAGUCUAACUGAAGAAUAAAUCGCCCUUCUCUCUUUGUUUACUACCGAUGCGUCAUUCGUCAACUUGAUUAAAGCGCAACCUGGUCAUAAUUAGACCCUAUGUUUAUGUCAUAAUAUUUGGAAAUUUGCCCUCCGAAAGUUAAUAUGACCAGUAAGAUGUUAUCCACUGUUACUUAGACCUUCACUAGUAUUUGUACAAGAAGAAAAGAUUAUAGCAAAAUUAAAUUAACAAAAAACACAUUAAAAGACUAUAGCAAAUGGAAACUUUUAUGAUUCAAAAUAUCUCAUAUUGGGAUCUUUACACGUCUAUAUAAGAAUUCGUGCAUUGACAGCAGAAUCACUUGAUGGUGUUUAAAUCAUAUUUGAUAGAAGGCGCGAAAUAUCCUGUCCUAAAAUACGACGACAAUAUUAGUGUGUUGUAAUCACUACAUCGAACGAAGUUUGUUUUGUUUAACGACACAACUAGAGCUCAUUAAUUUAUUAAUCAUCGGCUAUUGGAUGUCAAACAUUUGGAAAUUUUGACAUAUAGUCUUAGAAAGGAAACCUACUACAUUUUUUCAUU